ACAUCCCUCAUUAGUCUCUCCAUGCAAGCCCUAGACAUCGAGUCGAGCUAUUUCCAUUCUCUCUAGGCGACUACGGAUGGACUUGCCUUUCUGGGCUGCCCCGCUACGCCGUUGGCAACAUGACCAGGACUGACGAUAACGCGAUUUUACAUAAUUGUCCGCCCUAGACGCCAGUCUACGGGUAUUUGAACUCGAUGGCUGCACUGUUUUAUCUUGAAAUACUACAAUGCACUGAUCAUGCGGUGGAACUGGAUCACUCCAUUUGCCUAUGCGGCCCAUGUCUCCGCGCAUGGAGCCCACCACACUGAGGACAAGGGUUCGUUCUCUCAAGAGCGGCUAGACGAGCUUGAGAGGAAGUGGGGUACAGAUUGGGGCUUCUCUGGCAUCUCAACCUUUGCCCACCUGCCGCACACUCGCUGCUUGACUAGCCCCGAGACAACCUAUGAUAUCGCCAUCCUUGGCGCACCCUUCGAUACCGCAGUAUCAUACCGACCCGGUGCUAGAUUCGGACCUCGAGCCAUCCGUGCUGGCUCUUCUCGUCAGACGUCCUUCCGUGGCUUCAACCCACGCGCGGGGCUCAAUCCAUACACAUCAUGGGCAAAGAUUGUGGAUUGUGGGGAUAUACCCAUUACACCCUUCGACAAUGCCCUGGCAUUGCGACAGAUGAGUGAGGCCUUUCAGGAGUUGGCGAACAGGCCAGCGACCGAGAAGAGCACUGAGAGUGGGGUGUCGUACUUCAAGAAGCCAAAGCUGCUUACGUUUGGCGGAGACCACAGCAUCGCACUGCCGGCUUUGAGGGCAUUGAAGAAUUUGUAUAAGCAGCCAAUUGCUGUUGUACAUUUCGACGCCCACCUGGACACUUGGCACCCCGCAAAAUAUCCAAGUGCAUGGCUAGAUGCCGAGGAUCUAUCGACGCAAUCCUUUUUCAACCACGGCAGCAUGUUUUGGUACGCUGCGACCGAGGGCUUGAUCGCGAACGGCUCGAGUGUGCAUGCGGGGUUGAGGACGCGACUGUCAGGUGACGACGAUGCUGACCACGUUGACGACACACAGCAAGGUUGGCAGCGCAUUGCUACGGACGACAUUGACGAGAUUGGAGUGAAGGGAGUGAUUGCAUCCAUUAUGGACCGUGUGGGCACUGAGAUGCCCGUUUACCUCAGUAUCGACAUCGAUGUGAUCGACCCCGGGCUAGCGCCAGGCACCGGUACGCCAGAGCCUGGUGGCUGGACCACUCGUGAAGUGAUUCGAAUUCUGCGUGGUAUCCAGGACAUGAACGUGGUUGGAGCAGACAUUGUUGAAGUCAGUCCUGCAUAUGACGGCUCGGCGGAGACGACGGGUUUGGUUGCAGCGCAGGUUGCUUACGAGGUAUUGACGAACAUGGUUCACAAAGGCCUUGUCGAACAGGCCCAGACGGGUGCGGGUUCCAAGAAUAAGGAUAAGGAUGAGCUAUGAGGUUUUCACGAAUUUGGCCAGACAACAGCUAGGGUAGAUUGCAGACACUCUGCUGAUUUAUGGUGUAUGAGAUGAAUUCAAGAAUGUAACACAUGUCGG